AUGAAGCCGCAAAAAUUACCUAAGCGAUGUGCCAUUGUGAAAAAAAACGGUGAACAGCACCUGUUUGUUGUGGUACCAAAGCCAGCGCCACCACCAGAACCAAUCAUCGAAUCGCUAAUGAUAUUUGACAACAUACCCGAGGUAAAGCUGGAGUCGGACGUAUCGGCAUCUGACUCAAAUGGAAACACCGAUGGCUCGAAAUACGUUUCAGGCUCGGCAUGGCGAUGGGGAUCAAAGGUGAUCCCUUUAAGUGUGGAUGAUGGCGGCGAUUUCCGCGUUUCGACAUCAUUCCCAAAGACAGAGUUCGAAUCGCUGGAUGAUGUGUAUUCUCAGUGCGGACCUUUUGACGAACUCAAUGAGUACCACACACUAUUUGGCAGUGUUGUACUUGAUAAGGCCUACAUUCUAGUUGCUUCAUCGAUAGAGGUGGCAGUCAAGUUGCCUUUCAAUGGGCAUAUUUUUAAGGUACUUGAGGCAAAAUGGGUUCCCUUUGUUCUGCCUCAAGUGUUGCCAGUCAAAAUGAGCUCAACAGACCGCAAUCGCUUGCAAAACUUCCAAUUUCAUUACGACAGCAAGGGGUAUUACUACUCAGAUGAUGUGGAUUUGCGCCUACAGUUUCCUUUCAUCCCUUCCACGGACAAAGCAGCACCGCUAGACUUUUUUUGCGAUUGGUCACAUCAUCUACGAGAACGCUUUCAAUCACCCUCGCUACAGGGGGCGUGUAGUAUGCUGGUCCGAGGCUUUGUGGGCGAGCGUGUGUGCCGUUUAAAUGGCGGCUUCGAGCUUCACAUGAUACUUUUAGGACGCCAGAACCACCUGAACCCUGGACCUCGUUAUCUUGGACGAGGACUUAACGACAUUAACGCUGUUGGGAAUGAGCACACAUAUGAAUAUGUCAUGUGGAAGCAGCAGGACGAUAUGUCCGUAGCGUAUGCUCGACACACGAUCCUUCGUGGGACGAUCCCAGUCCGCUGGACUAGCCAACCAAGUAUGGCAAUAUCCGAGCCACGCAUGCUUUUCAGCCCUGAAAAGUCCGAUGUCAUACGGGGCUCCAGUGUGUAUUUUGAAAAUCUAUUCCGCACGCUUCAUAAAAUGUGUCGAGAGGACACUGCUGAUGCGAGUGGCGUGGCAUUGCCCGCUCCUAAACUGCGCUGCAUUAACCUUCUUCGCUACAACACAAGCCCCGAUGAGAGUGCCUUGUCGCGGUACUUCGCGGAAUCGGUCGGCCAGGCGGAGUCCGUCGUGAAGAAACUCUUUCCAGAAAGCACUAUCGACUUAGUUCAUCUGGACUGGUUGACUCUAACAAGAGAAUACGGCGUUGAGUUCACCAUAACUUCAUUCUGGCAGUCUGCGAUGAGUUUUCUUGUGGGGCAAGAUAGCUCUGUAAACGACUCUAUCAUGUCCGUUGGAGUUAUAAAGGCAGACACCACCGUGGAUCGCCUGAUGGCUCAAACGCGCUUUCUUCGCAUCAACUGUGCGGACUCGUUAGAUCGUACAAACUUGGGUUGUUUCUUCACCUGUCUCCAGCUGAGCAUCGGGAUGCUUCUCACACUUCAAGUCCCGUUCAAGGGAUUCGCUUAUACGCAACCGCUUCGCCCCAUUAAGGAUAUCAUCGAGGUUGACAGCCCUAACACGUACCCCACAUCCUUUAAACCGGUUUCUAAUGACGGCCAUGCGGUCCCAAAACCUUUUCUGAACACCUGGGACGAAGCGUGCGACCUAGAGCGGUUGCCUUCCGCGGUAGCAUGUGCCUUGGCGGCACUCUUUGUAGACAACGGCGAUUGCGUCGCCAUGCUGUAUACCAAUUCUCAGGCUAUGCAUAGCAACCUCCUCCGGUGGAUCGGUGGGACGCGCUCGACUGGGUCCAACGCCCUGAUUGCGACCCAGCGGCGAUACGAGAACAUGUUUGAAGAUGGAGAAAAGUUUAGAAACACCGAGCUUCUGCUUGGUCGAAACUAUAGCUUGCAUUUCCCGUCUAUAAGCCCGAUAUUCCUAACGCAGCCAGUGGCAUAUUCCCAAUGGGCGUGCACUCUUGUCGCUAUCGGGUUUGGAAAUAACACUCAGGCCGCCGAGGUGGAAGCGGCUGUCCGCAAGGCGUGGGAUAGCGGCGUUGUUCCGCAGUUAGCUCAGCGUGGAAAGAUCCCCAUUGAAAGCAGUGCGUUAUGCCUCACCAUCACGGUGAAGCCAGAAAACUGGGGAAACCUGCCCGAUGCCUUUGCGGCUGCGGUGCAAUCUCCAACCAAUUUUGCCUCACCCCAAGCAAUGGACGACGAAGAGAAAACGAAUUUGACCUUCCGAGAUGAACGGGUCGCCGUUAUUCGGUUUGAUCCCAACCUCUGUUGCGUUGUGGAUGCCCCUGCGUUGCUUCAGCAAUACGGUUACAUCACAAUAAAGGGGCGGCGCUGCGCCCUGGUUCAGUACUCAUACCCAGUUCAGGACACUGAGAAUACUAGUGGGAUGAGUGUGGCAAUAAAGAAUGUCAGAGCAACGUUAAAACAGGGAUUCAAGAAAUUUGUUAGAAACCUUAACUGA